GCGGCGCAACGCCGGGCUGCUGUGGUGCGGUCCGCGAGCUGUGCACGCACCGCUCUUGCGCGCCAACCACAUCUCUCCAUUUCCCCUGCCUUGCCUUCUUCCCCCGUCCGCACACGCCGCCUCGCCUCCUUCCCCCAUCCACCCGCGCGAUCCUCCACCUCCUCCCGAUCGCCAUGAGCGGCCGCGCCGGAGACCACGCCCUCCCCGCCUCCUCCCCCGCCGAACCCGAUCCGGAGGCGCCGUCCCCGAUGAGCGGCGGCGACUUCCCGGGCGACCUCCUGCGGGCGGUCCUGCACCGGCUCCCGCCCGCGGACGUCGCGCGGGCGGCCUGCGUCUGCCGCCUCUGGCGCGCCGUCGCCUCCGACCGCGCCGUGCUGGAGGCCGCCUUCCGCGCGCCCUGGGGCGUGCGCCGCGUCCUCGGCGACCCGGCCACCAGGGCCUUCUGGCGCGCCGCCUCCCUCGCCCGCUUCGCGCUCUCGCACACCGUCCGGCGCGGGGACACCGUCCCCGGCGUCGCGCUUAAGUAUUCCGUCCAGGUGACCGAUAUCAAACGGUUCAACAAUAUGAUGAGUGACCACGGUAUCUACUCAAGGGAGAGGCUUCUGAUACCAAUCAGUGAUCCAGAAAUCCUGCUGGGUAGCACAUGCUACAUUGAGAUGGAUCACAACUCAAAGAGAGAGGUCGCGGUCUUCUAUCCCGAGGGCCACCCGAAUGGAAACGCAGAAUCCUUGGCGAACGCUGCAGCUGCAAAAAGGCGAAGCAAACGGAUUCUCGAGUCGGUGAGGCGGAGCUUGCACGUUGACGACGGAACUGCCGAGUACUACCUGUCCGUCACAGACGGCGAUCCGAGAGCUGCUAUGAUGGAGUUCUCGGAGGACCUUAGGUGGGAGCAGCGACAAGCAGGCCAUUAGAUGCAGGCUCUAAUAUGCAGGGGUAUUGGUGUGUAGGUGAGUAUACAUACCAUUUGAUGAUUUCCACCUACUUCUCUGCUUGGACCAUUUUUGGUUUGCCCUCUCUUAUGUGUAAUAUAGUGUGAAACUGUGGACCUUUGUAAGAUGAAACUUAUACAUGUAAGUUGAACUUAAAAGUUAAUAACUGUAGCAAGUA